GUUUUUCCAGGAAGCGUCGCACCGAUAACAGGUCUGUCGCGGUAUGCCGACAGAUACGGAAUGCUAAAGACAGACAUUUGUCCGGUUACGAGAGACCGGCAUACGGUACAGAAACUCGCCGUCUUGCUUCAACUUGGAAGAAACCAGAAUGAAGGCCCUGAUCGAAAACGGAAUCCUGUAUUCGCCUUACCCGAAAUGCGACAUUCCCUACUGCUCCGUUUACACGGCUGUCAAAGAGUGCCUUCAGGAAUCUCCGGAUAAAAUCGCCUUGAUCGACAGCUGCAGGAGUCUGACUCGAGCCGAGUUCUUCGUGAUGAUGAAACGCUACGCGGCGGGAUUCCAAGCCCGUGGCGUCAAACUUGGAGAUCGAGUCUGCGUGCACCUGAGCAACAGCGUGGAAAACCUGGUCGCCAUGUUCGGCCUGGUGUUCGCGGGGGCAACGCUCGUCCUGGCCAAACCGUCGCUCACUGAGAGGGAGCUUUACUAUCAAAUGAACGACAGUGACGCAUCUCACAUACUUACUGACCCUCAAAAUGCUCCAAAAGCUCUUAAACUUCCCUCAACCUUGAAACUAAAGCGAAUGUUCCUGAUGGGCGAAGCACCCGAAUUCGAGUCCGUGCACGGUUUCUCCGGGCUGGACGAGAACAGCUACGAAGAAGUGGAGGUACCUGAUCCGAAGAACACCAUCGUAGUCCUCAGCUACACAUCCGGCACUACGGGGCUCCCCAAGGGCGUCGAGGUCUCGCAUUACGGCUUCGUCGCCCAUCUGCACACGUCCAAGAACUGCCUGAGCAGCGAAGACACAGACGUCCUCCUGGCCUGGAACCCCAUCACUCACGCGUCGGGUUUUCUCUUCACCAUGAUGGCAGCCUGCACGGGAUCCACCUGCGUGGUUACCAGUCCCGCCUUGUCCUUCGAAAAAUUCGUCGAUCUGGUCAACGAGCACAACGUGACGACGAUAGCCAGCUUUCCUGGCCGACUCCAGUAUGUCGUAAACGAGAUGAAGCGCAGCGGAGUUCGACUUGACUCUAUCCGCAAGAUCAACGUCGGCGGCAGCGUGGUGAGCGAGGCACUGGCCAGUGGGAUCCGCUCCGUCUUCGGGAACCUGCGCUGUCUGCGGAACCUGUACGCCAUGUCCGAGUCCUGCGGGAUCGUAUGUUCCCCGGCGCCGAACGAGAUCAACGUCGGACACCUCGGCUACCCCGCUCCCAUGGUGGAACUCAAGUUUUUAGAUAUUGACACCGGAGUGAAGGUGGGCCCGCACACGCCUGCGGAGCUUUACUUCAGAAUUCCGAGCUGCAUGAGAGGCUACUAUGGCAGGCCUGAGGAAACCGCUCAAUUCAUGGACGCCGACGGCUGGUGCCGCUCGGGAGACGUGGCCUACUACGACGAAGAGGGGAAGGUGUACUUCGUGGAACGUUUGAAGGAGAUGAUCCGAUGCAUGGACAACCAGGUUGUUCCAGGCGAGAUCGAGGACCUACUCAUGAAGCACCACGACGGCAUCCGGGAGGUGGCCGUCGUGGGGCUACCGCACCAGGAGUACGGCGAAGCGGCUGCCGCCUUCGUGGUCCUCAAGAACUCCCACAACGAGCGGAAGAAAGAUAUCGAAGAGGAACUCAAGAGCAUCGUUGCGGGUUCUUGCGCAGUGCACAAGCAUCUCUAUGGCGGAGUCCACUUCGUCGACUCGCUCCCCAAGACCGAGACGGGGAAAGUGCAGAAGAAGGCGCUGCUUCCGCAGCAUCGAAAUGGCUGAUGGCAGUGUUCCGCUGGAUCGCUGCGGCUGCGCUAACAAUGAGCCUUUAUAGCUUUCUUGAGAAACUCUUUGAUUGCUUGUUGUUUCCGGUGCUUUUCUUUCGAAUAAACAAAUGAUGCAAA